AUGGCCACCGGGCGCAAGCGCAUCUCGCGGACCGUCUACCGCGCCCUCCGCGUGUUUUCCUUCAACCCGGUCCCGCACGCUGGCCAUGCCUCCUCCUCGGGCGUCGAUACAGAGCCGGGGCAUCGCCGUCAUGCCUACCAAUCGGCCGACUCGACGGCUUUCGAUUCGGCCGCCGACGAGAUCAUCGGCGUCGCGGAACCCCUGGCCGACACCCACCGCCACCUCGCCACGGUCAAUGCCAGCCUGCUGCUGCCGCCUCUGGGUCGGUCGGCGAGGCAGGACGGGGGCCGACCCUACGGAGACUUUUUGCGGCUCGACCACGUCAAGACGUCGUCGGACGAAGGGCUGACCGAGGCCCAGCGCCGGUCCGGUGCGGGCAGCGACGCGGCCGAGCUCGACCUGGCCAUUGAAAAGGUGCGCGCCGCCUCCAAGCGCCAGAAGCUGCGGCGGCUGGGCAGCAGCCUGCGCGCGUUCCUCGCGACGUGGGAGGGCAUCAUCAUGGCCGUCUACGGCGUGCUCGUCGUCAUCUCGGGAGGCGCCCUGGUCCUCUUCCUCGCCGGCUGGGUCGACCACGGCCGGAACAAGGACUGGUGGGUCGAGUUCUGGUCGCAGUUUGUCAACGCCCUCUUCACCAUCCCGGGCGUCGGCCUCAUCCCUUGGAGGAUCCGCGACACGUGGGACAUCUGCUGCAUCGCCCACUACCAGCACACGACCUGGCGCCGCCGCAGGGAGCGCGGGCUGCCGCCGCUCGAGGACAAGCACGAGAUCCCCACGUUUGAUCCGAGCGGAGGCGGCGCCACGACGCUCUCGCAGAUGCUCGUCAGCUUGACCGAGCAGCGCAAGGCGGACAUCGACGACAUCGACGACGAUGACGGCGAGAGCGGGAGCGGCAGCAGCAGCGGCGGUGCCCGCAACGAAACGAUGCCCGCGACGACGCCAAUGCGAGCGACGCCAGCGACCGCCACCGGCCACGCACCGACACCCGGGACCGACGUCCAGGUCCUCUCGAGGAGGCAGGCGCGGCGGCUCAAGCGGAUCCAGCAGCGGCUGCGACGGACGCAGCCGUGGUACCUGCCGGACUCGACGCCGGCGCGGCGUGCGUUUCCGGUGGGCAAUGCGAUGCUGGUGAUGCUGCUGCUGGACCUCAACUCGGUGAUGCAGUGCCUGCUGUGCGCCGCCAUGUGGGGCUACGCCAGCCACUACCAGGACCGGCCGCCGUGGAUGACGGCGACGGCCAUCGUGCUCAGCUUCCUCAGCGGCAUCGCGGCGGGAGUCCUGAUUGUCGUGGGGUCGGAGCGGGCCAAGAGGAAAGCGGCCGUCCGACAGGCCAUCGAGACUACUGGCACCGGCACCAGCACCAGCACCACCGCAGUCGACGCAGCCUCGGCAGCAGCGGCAGCAGCAGCAGCGGACCAGGCGUGA